AUGGUCUACUCAGGUGCUGGCGAUGCUGAUAGUACGUGUGACUGUGUUUCCGUCAUCUGCGAUAGUUCUGUUGACAGUGUACAGGGCAUCGUCUUCAUCUACGCGCUUUGCGUUCUCGGUGUCAACAAGUGGAGAAUACGCAAAUAUGCCAUAGCAGAGGCAAAGGAACGGGAAGCGGAGGCCGAGAUGUACCCGAUGCUACACAAAGACGAUAUCCCAUUCGGCGCACGAGCUCUGGAAAGCGGGAUCGAGAUAGAAGGGAUCUGGAAUUCGAACCCCAACACACCGAUUCCAAGCCCCCACCAGCCUGCAACUCCCGUGGGAAGUAGGCCUGCGAGUCUGAGGCCCAUGUCACUGCCUCAAGAUUUCGAAAGCCGCAGCGCCUCGUCAGAUUCACAUGGCCAGAUGAUCAGUCCAAAGCCCGUGCUGCCGGCUGGCCAACGGGGAAGUUUGCCGAAUUUCGACCCUGCGUCUGCAGGCUACAUCUAUGAGACACCGAGACUGGACGGGCUGCAGAUUCCGAUGAGACUUCCUGAAAGGCACAAGAUCCCCCCGAGAUCUAUCCUCGUGUCGCCCGCCAAAGAAGAGUCCUUGGUCAGUGUCAAAGACCCUAUCCCCAGAGAACGACGGAUCAGCUUCCAUUCCCGGGCACUGCCGCCGCCUCAGCACCCGGAUGCAACAGAUUACCGAACAGGCUUGAAUGAAAGCCAUGAACAGUCGGAUCAUGUCGCAGAAUUGGCAGGCAAUGACUCUCAUUCUUCACCGGAGUUCAAGCGAGCGUCACGAUUCGCAAGUAAGUCGUUCGCGAUGUGGUUGACUGAGCGUGAGACUAAUGAAGACCGUGAUCAUAUAGAACGCCUUCGUCGUCGCUCGUCUGAAGAGUUCCGCCGCAAAAUGAGUCAGAUUUUCAAUGACAACAUUUCAGCUGGAGUGUCCAGGGAGCAGUUGGAAUUCAACCCGGCCUUGCGAGAGUACCACCGGCGGGAUUUACGAAGGUCUUUGCUUCGUCCGUUUCGUCCAAGGCGCAGUAUCUUGGUGAAUGAAUCCCCUGAGGGGGUUGAACAGCCCCCGUCUUAA